AUGUCUACCAAAACUCGCCCCGCCAUCCCACCUGUGGUGAUGGACAACAUUACCCAGCAGAUCGGCAACACGCCUCUUGUGCGCCUGAACAAGAUCCCACAGUCUCUCGGCAUCGAGGCUACCGUAUACGUCAAAGUUGAAGCCUUCAACGCCGGUGGUUCAGUCAAAGACCGUAUUGCCCUGCGCAUGAUCGAGGCGGCCGAAAAGUCCGGGCGCAUAAAGCCUGGAGACACACUGAUCGAGCCUACCUCUGGAAACACUGGAAUCGGUCUAGCGCUCGUCGGCGCUGUGAAGGGUUACAGGACCAUCAUCACUCUUCCCGAGAAGAUGAGCCCAGAGAAGGUGGCGGUAUUGAAGGCACUCGGUGCCGAGAUCAUAAGAACACCAACUAGUGCUGCUUGGGACAGCCCCGAGAGCCACAUUGGUGUAGCGAGGAAGCUUGUAAAAGAGCUGCCAAAUGCUCAUAUCCUCGACCAGUACUCGAACCCCGACAACCCACUCGCACACGAAUACGGCACAGCUGAGGAGAUCUGGGAGCAGACCGAGGGCAAGGUGACUUGUCUGGUGGCUGGUGCGGGCACUGGCGGCACCAUCACAGGCCUUGCUCGGGGUCUGCGGAAACACAAGCACGAUGUCAAAAUCGUGGCUGCCGAUCCUCAUGGCAGUAUCCUGGCGCUGCCUGAAUCGCUGAACCAGGAUCGUGUCAAUGAGGGCUACAAGGUCGAGGGUAUUGGUUACGACUUCAUUCCCGAUGUGCUGGAGCAGAACAUCGUGGACAAGUGGUACAAGACAGACGACCGAACCUCUUUCCUGUACGCACGACGAUUGAUCGCCGAGGAAGGCAUCCUGUGCGGUGGAAGCAGCGGCAGUGCUAUGGCUGCUUUUGUUGAAGCUUCUAGGGAUAUGAAACUGACCAAGGACGAUGUUGUGGUCGUCGUACUGCCAGACUCGAUCCGAAGCUAUCUCAGCAAGUUCGUCGACGAUGACUGGCUCGCUGCCAACGACCUUCUCCCUCCCACACCACCACUCACGCCCAACACAAACGGUGCAAACCAGUCAAUUUCGCGCCGUGACUCGAUCGCCAAAAAGGACACUUUCCACGGCGCCACAAUUGCUUCUCUGCGUCUGAAGCCCGUCACCACAGUCUCGGCUACUUCCCCAUGCAGUGAAGCCAUCGAGACGAUGCGCGAGAAGGGCUUCGACCAGCUCCCCGUCUCUGUCUCCUCGUCAUCAGGCAAAGCACGCCUCGUGGGUCUCGUCACUCUCGGCAACCUGCUGUCCUACAUCGCAGCUGGUCGCGCAAACCCCAAAUCGCCAGUCGAGGACGUCAUGUUCGACUUCCGCAAGCUCAAUGAAGUCGUCAAGGACCUCGGACGCUUGCACUUGGAUGGUGCUGAUGAGGGCAAGAAAGCUGGCUCAAGGAGGGAAUUUGUCGAGAUCACCAAGGACACAAGCUUGAGUGAUCUCAACAAGUUCUUCGAGUGGAACAGUGCCGCGGUUGUUACCGAGAGGGUAGACGGAGAGCCGAGGGCCCUUGCUGUUGUCACAAAGGUCGAUCUCCUCACAUGGAUGGUCAGACAGGGCAACUUGAAUGGACACGCAUGA